AUGACUUCUUUUUUAUAAUCAACAUUUACAAUAUCUGCAAAACCAAAUUUUGAAUUUUUGUAGAAUUAGGUUGAUUCUGAUUCAGAUAAUGAAGAAUAAAAAUAGAAAUUAUAAUAAGUUCAUAAUCAUUAAAAAGAACACAAGAAAUUUAAGAAAUUAAUUGAUAUAGACUUAGUUAAGGAAGAAUUGAGAAGUAGACCAAAUAUUGAAAAGCAAUUAAAUUCAAUUUAAAAGAAAAGUAUUUCUAAAAUAAAAAGUGUUCGUUCUCUUAAUGAUCUUAUAAUUCCAACUUCUCCAAUUUUAAUUGAUUAAUUAGGAAAUUUGAAUAAAAUAAAAGAGAUACGAUCAGAAGUACCUCCAGAAUUAAUGGGAAGAAUUUACUCUGAAUUUAGGUAAUUUAACAUAAAAUUAUUUAAGAUAUGAAUUUGUACCAGCCUUAAAUCCAGUAUAUCGUUAAGGAGAUUAAAAUAAAAGAUUUUAUAUUAUAUUAGAAGGUAAAGUAGUAGUAAUGAAACCUAAAUUAAAGAUGGUAGGGUCCAGUAAAAUUGAAAUUGAUAAUAAUUUAGAAUAAAAAAAUCAAAAGAAAAAUGAAGAUGAUCCAUUUGGAUUGAAAAUUCUCUUUCCAGAUUACAUUAUACUUAAAAUCUUAUUUUAAGGAGAGUAAGUAUAUGUUAAUAAUAUAUUAGCUCUUUUGGAGAGGCAGCCAUUAAAUUAGAUACUACAAGAUCAUCUACAGUUUUUACAUUAGAAGAUACUCACUUAUUAUAUUUAAAUGAAAGUGCUUAUCUCGAAUAUUUAAAUCCAUAUUUAAGUGUUGCUUUAGAUAAAAAAAUGAAAUACUUUGGAUAAACCCCACUUUUAAAAAAUAUUAAUCCAGAAGAUUAUAUGGGUAUAGUUUUGGAAAACAAAUUGAUUACAAUGAAGGCAGGAGAAAUAAUAUAUAAUGAAGGAGAGAAAACUAAAUAUAUUUAUUUUAUAAUCAAUGGUGAAAUUGAAUUGUUAAAAUAAGUUAGAAAGAAAUCUAUAAUUUUAUCAUCUUAUGGAGAAUUUUAAUGUUUUGGAGAAGUUGAGAUUAUGAUGAAGAUAAAUAGAUAUACAUAAGCCAAAGUGAUAUCACCAAGACUUAAUUGUUAUAGAAUCAGAAAAAGAAGGUUUUUUGAUAAUUUAGGUAAUUAUGGAACUUAUGAAAAUAUGAAAAAACACUCAUCUAUUAUAUAUAAGCAUUGGUAAUUGAUAUGUAAUAAUGUGUAAAAAUCUAUUAAUCUAAGAGAUGAGGUAUAAAAACUAAAUAUAUAAUAGGUCUAUGAAGCUGCUUAAAAUGAUAAUUCAAAUAAACCUAAUUUAUUAGCAAAUUCUAUUUUAAAUAAGAAAGUUAUGGAAUCAUAAGGUUAAAAAUUAAGUUAAAUUAAAAUAUUUUAGAAUUUGGCUGAUUCAAAUUUUAAGGAUUUAAAAUAAUUUAGUAAUGAUAGUUAGUAUCUUUUGUAAAGAGUGUAUAGUAAUACUCUUCAAUAAUACUAAGCUAAGUUAUUGAAAAAACCUUAAUUGGCUUUUUGUGAUACAGAUUCUUCAUGUAUAAGAAAUCAAAUUCAAAAAAAAUAGCCUUUAAAUUUAAGUAUUAACCAUGAUAAUAAUUCUACAACAAAUCCAUUAAAUGAAAAUAGUAUUGAUCUUAAAUUAAGUUCAAAUAGAUCAUCUGUCAUAACAAAAAGAGACAGCUAAUAAAUGGUAUCACUUCCAUCUUUACAUCCAUCUUUACAUUUAAUUAAACCUUAACCUUAAUCUAUAAACUCAGUUUUAGAAUCCAUAAGCAAAUUACCUCGUGUUCCAAAAGAUAAUUUCAUGUUAUCUUUAAUGUAUUAAUAAGCAUAUAAAGCUGACAAUCCCUCUAAGAAAGCUAAAGAAAUAUAGCAAAUAAUUUAAGCAUAAUACAGAAAUGUAUAAAACAAAUUUUAACCUAAAAAACACAAUUUAACAGAAAUUUAACCAGUCUCAAAUAAACAUAGAAUGAAAAAAAACUUUAAAGGAUUUUUAAGUAUGAGAUCAGAAUAAAAAUAAUUUCUGAAUUUUGUACAUUCAAAAGAAAUAGUAGAAGGAAAUCAAAUAAAUUGA